AUGACCCGCAGAAUUUUUGAGGAACUUGUCGACUCAAUCGCGGAGAAUGGAGAGAUUCUGAAGCAGCAAGUGUGUUGUGAAACUAACAGUUUGCUGGGAAGCUGCCUAGCUGAUCUAUGUCGGAUGGACGAAGAGACCUCUAAGGCGCGUCUGGCUGUCAUCGACGCAUCGAAGCGGCUGAUCCGUCUGGUGACUGGGCCCUAUGAUCUGUUUUAUGAUAUGAUGUCCGAGGUUUUCCAGGUCGGCGUGAUCUGUGAGGUUGAGCCUGAGAUGUUCGGUCAUACCCCGCUGUUGGUGCUCUGUGUGUAUGAUCCUGUUGCCACGCGCAGCUGCAUGUGGAACCUGAAUAUUAUCUUCCCUGUUGCCAGUAAGAUCUACGAAGGGCUUAAGGUUGAUCCUACUGCUAGCGACAACACGCGCUGCGCCGCCAGUCUGGAGCUGGGGUUUCAGGACUAUGUGAAGGCGACGACGCGGAGUGUAUACUACUCAUCCCUGCACACCGUGCGGGGAUUUAACUGGUCGAGUAUACAGACCGUGGUUGAUAUUGGCGGCUCCUCAGGCCACGUGAGCAUGGCCCUCGCAGAAGCACACCCCCACCUCCACUGCAUUGUCGAAGACCUGCCCGACGUAAUCAGCGGGGGCCGAGAGACGCUGCCCCCGACCUACGCGGACAAGAUCGAGUACCUCGCCCACAGCUUCUUCGAGCCCCAGCCAGUUGCGACGGCGGACUGCUUCCUUUUACGGUUCAUCCUGCACAACUGGUCGGAUGAGGACGUCUGUCGUAUCAUCGCAAAUCUAUCGCAAAUCUAUCGCUCGCUCUGCGGCCCGGCGUCGAUCGUGCGGUACAUGGACUGCCGGAUGCUGGCGCUGUUCGGGGGUCACGAGCGGACCAAGAAUGAUAUCGUCGCGCUGGUGCAAGGGGUGGAUAGGCGGCUGGUGUGGGAGUCCUGCACGCAGCCGGAGGGGAGUGUGGCAAGCUUCCUGGCACUUCAGUGUAUCUGA